UAAAAAGAGACAGAUGAUGCGGAAUAUAAGUUCCUUUAUUAUUUACGCAUAUAGCUAUCUAUGUGUUGUAUCGCAUGGUCAAAGUGCUUGCUUGCUUUUCGGAACAUUUGUAUUUGUUUUGUUAGUGUUAUUGGUAGUCAACAAUCGUUCACAUGAACUCUCGAUCAUGUACGAUAUUUGUCAUAUCUGAUAUUCAGUAAAUUGUUAGAGCAAUUCGAUCGCGCGAUUAAAUCGAAUGCUGCUUCGUGCAGGCGCCGGGACGAAACCAAUUAAGUUGUUUUCAAGCGAUCAAGCGACAUCAUUAAUAAAAUAUUGGUGUAAAAUAUGUUGGUGUAUGUGUCAAAUUUAUGUUGAAUAUUAAACAAUGUUUAGUGAAUACACGCCUUUAUAACUGUGCUACUGAAAAUUACUUAAUCAGUUAAAUUAGUAUUUUGUGUAUGAAUUUGAUUAAUAUGUGUUCUGCACUAAAAUAUUUACCACAAUGGAUAAUUUGGGUGACUAUUUUUUGUGAUGGAAGUCACGGAUUAACAUGUCAUGCGCGACAUAGAAUGAACCCGAGAAGACGCAUAGAGGAGUUUUUAAACACAGAAAGAACAAAUACGCCCAUGGAGUCGCAAGAAAAUCCUAAGGAACCGAAAUUAAUUCUGCAAGUGUUUGUAAAUGACAAACAAACCUACAAUGGAACCAUCUAUUAUGAUGUUGGCGAUAGAUUGCGUUUUUCCUGUGAUGUAUUACAUGAGCCGGUUUACGUAGUGUACCGUAAUAAAAUCAUCCAUCAGUGGAUUUCAGGACAUCAACACAUAAUACCACAACAAGGAACGAUUCGGAAAUUCGACUUUAAUAUUAUAGCAGAUGAUUUAGACAACAAGUCUAGUAUAUACUGUACAAUGGAUGGAGAGAAUAUAAAUACACUCCAAAGUGAUAUUAAGGAAUUGAUCAUGAAUCCAGGGACUUCGAAAUCUGAUGAUAAUAUUAUUGAAUAUAAUGAAGAACACCCUACAUUUACUUGCAACUCUAAAGGUUCCUAUGAAGGAAAGAAAAUUCUGCCGGCCACCGAUUCUAACUCAUAUUAUGUCUGUGUAAUCAUCAACAAAAUUAACGAGAGCGGAGAAGAGGCACAUUAUACACGAGAAAUUUAUAAUAAGACUAUAUUCAAGUAUAUUCCGAUGCAAAAGGAAAAUAAUACACACAAUGCCUCAAAGUUAUCAAACACUAGUAUAAUUGGGAUCGGAUUGGGUGUAACCGUAUGUAUCGUGUUGAUGGGCAUUGUUUGUCUUCUAUAUGUGGUAAAGAAAAGACGAGCCAAGCUUCAACCACCACGUAACCGAGAUAGUGUUUCCAAUCAAGUAAUUUAUGCAGAUCUGGAACUAUCCGAAAGACCUUCUAGAACCAUCUUAGAACAAGAAAAUGAUGAUACACCAUACGCUCAAGUUAUCGGAAUCGUACAAAAAAAUAAAUAAUAAAAUUUACUUAAUACCAA